CACAGCGACAAUACAAAUUGCUUCAGCGCGGUUUGGGCGUUAUCUUUGCUAUGAACACGAGGUUCCACAGGAAAAAGCUAGAGCAAUUUAGGCGAAAUAAUACAAAAGUCAGAACUUCUAAAAUCAGAACCAUAUGGGUAAACUCGCCUUCUUUCAUGCCUUUUAGCGAACUUGACAAGGAAGAAGGGGAACGAGUAACACAGGGUGACAUUAUUAAAAACGUAGACGUUGGUUCUGCUACCAAACACUUCUCACUAAAAUUUAAAGGUGGUCCGUACUCCUUAGAUUAUUCGCGAAAUGCUCGGUUCCUCGCAUUUUGCGGCAAAAGUGGGCAUAUUGGGGCAUUUGAUUGGAUGACUAAAAAGCCUCUUUUCGAAGCAAAAAUUGGAGAAGAGUGUUCUGAUAUAAAGUUUCUUCAUCAAGAGACCAUGAUUGCUGUUGCUCAGCAUAGCUAUACUUAUAUCUACGACAACCAGGGCUUGGAAUUGCAUUGUCUUAAGCGCCUCAAUUGCAUAAAGAAAUUGGAAUUCCUGAUUCAUCAUUUUAUUCUUGUAGCUGGCUCUGCUAACGGAUUCCUGUACUAUUUGGAUGCCUCAAUAGGCGAGAUCGUGGCCUCAUAUCCUACUCACCUAGGCUCCCUUAAUGUACUCAAGCAAGUUCCAUCCUCUGGAGUUAUUACUACUGGUCACCCCUCAGGAUGCAUUUGUUUUUGGACACCCUCUGUCGCUAAGAGCCCAGUUGCCAAAAUAUUUGCCCAUUCUGCUCCUGUAAAGGCCCUGGCUGCUGAUGGAAUUGGAAACUAUCUAGCCUCUAGCGGAGGCGAUCGGAAACUGCGUCUAUGGGACCUGCGUAACACUCUGCAGCCAGUCAUAGACGUGGAUGUGCUCUACUCUGGUCCUGUAACCUCACUGGAUUUCAGUCAGCGCGGCCUCCUUGCAAUGGCGUCGGGUUCAUUGGUUCAGGUAAAUCAGAAUGGGUCAAAUUAUGGCAAUAAUUUUGCCACUUUAACCAGAGUUAUUCUCAUUCGUUAA